CAUGACUAGAAUAGUGCGGUGUCAUCAGCGCAUCAUACGGAACCUCAAGACCUGUUCUGAAAAUUCUGAAUUCACUAUCAGUUGCGUGGGUCUUGUUAUAUUCAUGGACUCGUGUACUAAUGCUUUUUUCAUGCUGAAGUCGCCUACAUUUCAAAGAGCUGCCACUUUUGCAUUUAUGUUCCUCUGUGUCAACCUGGUAAUGUUUCUUGUAUAUCAGAAUGGACAACAUAUUUUCAACCAGAAUGAGAAACUGCGAAAAUCACUUCUAAAACUGCCAUGGAUAGACAAGCCACGCUGGUUGAAGCAAACUGUGCAUGUUUUGGUUACUCAAGCCAAUGCCAACCUAGAGAUUAGACCUUAUGGAACCAUUGCUCUCAACUACAUGUCCUUCAAAGAUCUGAUGAAAUUCACUUUCUCUGUUGGAAACGUCCUGUACACAAGAAGGCAACUGGCAAGCCAAAUUCAAUAGUGGGACCAGGAAAUUUU